AUGCGACAACGACGACAACGCAUGGUCCAAAUUGUUGAUCCCGAGGCGGUGCCCCAGGCUGAGCAGGAGUCCGAGUCUACUCUACCCGUCGACUCGCCCCUGAAAAGGCAGUUCUCUGCCGGCAUUGCCAAGCGACUCAGUGGCCGCAACCUGCCCAUGAGCUCCUCGCGCACCUCUCUGUCGAGUCUGGGCGGCCAAGAAGCCGUAGAGACCCCCGAAGAGUCGUCUGAGCAGCAGCAGCAGCAGCAGCAGCAGCAUCACAGUCAUGGCCACGGCCAUGGCCACGAGCGACGCAAGCAGCACUACGUCAGUCAGAAGCUUCUUUCGCAGGUGUCUGACUGGCUCGAACAUGAACGCCGUAAACGAGAACAACGCAAAUCAGGAAGUCAAGCUUCAUCGUCGAGGAGAAAGCGCCCUCAGCAGCAGCAAGAGACCCAGGUCCAGGCCCAGGCCCCGGCUCAAGCACCAGCUGCCGACACGACGACUGCCGUGCCCGACGAAAAGGGCCAGGAUGGCUUUCCCUUCCGCCAUCGCACCGACUCGAUUGAUUCUCAGUCCAGCGACAUGAGUUUCGACAAAUUGCAGCGCAUCCUCGAGGAGAACAUGGCCGCUCUAGGCCUCGACUCCAUUCCGCAUCUCGGCCCCAAGCUGCCUCAGCGUCCUUCCGUGAGGGGACACAAAAAGUCCGGCUCGCGGAGCAUGCUGCAUCGUACCGCCAGCUCCGACACGGAUUAUGCCGACGGCGACGUCGUCGUGCCAUCUUGCGAUGCCGUUCUCGACAACAGCAAGACCAUGAGCUACAACGCCGGCAAGAGCUCCGACAAUCUCGUGUCUGGCAAGGCAGAGGCCAAGGAGCACGAGGCAUGGUCCACCUUCCGAAACGAGAUUAUCCGCCUGGCGCACACGCUACGUAUCAAGGGCUGGCGUCGUAUCCCCCUCGAGGCAGGCGACAAGAUCUCCGUCCAGAGGCUGAGCGGCGCGCUGACCAACGCCGUCUACGUCGUCACACCCCCCGAGGACCUGGAACCCGUCCCCGGCAAGAAGCAGCCGAGCAAGGUUCUCCUGCGCAUCUACGGCCCCCAGGUUGAGCAUCUCAUCGACCGUGACAAUGAGCUCAGCGUUCUCGGUCGUCUAGCGAGGAAGCGCAUUGGGCCUCGCCUCCUGGGCACGUUUACCAACGGCCGCUUCGAGGAGUACUUCAACUCGGUGACUCUGACACCCAAGGACCUGCGAGACGCGGAGACGUCCAAGCAGAUUGCCAAGCGCAUGCGCGAAUUGCACGACGGCAUCGAGCUCCUCGACGCUGAGCGCAAGGCCGGGCCCUCUGUCUGGGGCAAUUGGGACAAGUGGCUGGACAACGUGGAGAAGCGAGUCAUGGCCGUCGACGACGAGACGCGCGCCAGGCAAGCCGGGGAGCCGGUCAAGCCAACAAGCACCUACCAAGGUCAGGGCUUCGUGUGCGGCGUGGAGUGGUCUCAGUUCCGUGCCACUGUUGAGAAGUACCGCGCUUUCCUGACGAGCUUCUACCGGAGCGAGGAAGACAUCAACGCCCGUCUGACGUUUGCUCACAAUGAUACCCAAUACGGCAACAUUCUGCGUGUUCGGCCCGACGACAAAAAGUCGCCCCUCCUCAAGCCGGCCAACGAGCAUAAGCAGCUCAUCGUCAUCGACUUUGAGUAUGCUGGCGCCAACGUCCCCGGCCAGGAGUUCGCCAACCACUUCACCGAGUGGGCCUACAACUACCACGACGAGGCCAAGCCGCACGGCUGCUCGAUCGAGCGGUACCCGACCGUCGAGGAGCAGCGACGCUUCAUCCGGUCCUAUGUCGAGCACCGGCCCAAAUUCCCGCAUGCCAGCUCGACGCCGCGCCUGACGCCCCUCGACACGCCCGGUGGCGGCGGCGGCCAUGCCAGCGGCGGCACGCCCGUGCUGCACCCCACGAGCUCGUCGAGCUCUAUCGUCGACUUUAUGCUCGACGCGCGUGUGCCUGCGGGUCAGUGGAAGGAGGACGAGCGACUGCGCGAGGAGCAGACGGAGAAGACGGUGACGGAGCUCAUGGAGGAGUCGAGGCUGUGGCGGACGGCCAACAGCGCGCAGUGGAUCGCCUGGGGUAUCGUACAGGCCAAGGUGCCUGCCUGUCUAGAGGGUGAUGAUGUCGCUGACGAGGGUGGCGAGGCGUCGGCACCCAGCGCCGGAGACGGGGAGCAGGGACAGGACGGGGAGAAGAAGGACGACGGCGAGGACGAGUUUGACUACUGGGGGUAUGCACGAGAGCGGGCCCUCUUCUUCUGGGGCGAUUGCGUGCUACUGGGCUUGGUGAAGGCGGAGGAGCUUCCAGAGGAUCUGCGGGCGAGCCUGAAGCUGGUCGAGAGGUAG